AUGUCACUCAACUGGGACACCUUUAUGAACGAGGAAGAACUGAACCGCUUGACGAACGACCAAUGGGUGGACACCUCUUUCCAACAGCGGACAACCACCCAGGCUGGGGGGUCGGCCCCUCUGUUGCCAUUUAGUCAAUCGCUGAACACGCCUCUGAGCGCGCCAAACUACAGCCCAUGGGACUUUGCAAGCCAGGAUUCCUAUUUCCCCGACAGCGCGUACUUUGCACCGCAGGAUUACCAGUACGGGGAUCCGGAGGCCCUACAAGCUUUUGGCGACGCCCUAACAGGACCAACAACCUCCCAACCUUCACACGAUCACACUCCAGGCAUCAUCACGAACGAUUACGCUUUACAGCAGGCGAGAGCUGAGCGCCGGGCUUCUUCCUCUGCAACGGCUUACACAGCUUCCGAUAUCUCGAAUUCGAUCUCCAACCCCUCGACCUCCGCACCGCCGCCCACAAUCUCCGAGGCGCAGUAUGACUCGCUGCUGAGCAAUCAUGCCGACGCUGGCUUCCUUGACAACAUAGCGUAUCCACAUCGAACGUCGGGAGCCUCCAACCCCCCAAACCGUGCAACGGAGACACCGGCGCAGGCCACAAACCCCGAACUGUUCACAGAUACAAUGCGGAAGCGCCAUCGCGGGAACGGCAGAUCAGAUGCAAUCCAAGCGUGCUGGCUAUCCCCUCUGUGCCCGAACAGCAACAAAGACAGCACGCCUCCAAGUCCGUCCACGUGCGGCGGCGCUUGUGCUCCAUUUCUUUUCGGCCCCGGCGCGGACGAUCCGUCGGCCAACGUGACGAUCGACCAGCAGAUGCUCGCCAAAGAUUCUGUCGGUUACACGUCUCCCGAAAAUCUGGAGUUUCGCCGCCAUCUCAAGCGCAGCGAGAGCGACGCGAGCGUGGCUCCAACGGGCCGGCUCUACAACGAAAGUUCCGAAGAGCCAGGCCUGAAGACCGAGUCAACGGAGGAUACUCCGGAGCGGUUUCUCGAACAUCUGGCUGCCGAGGACGCCAAAGGGAAAGGACAGAAACGAAGACAGCCACACAACCAAGUGGAGAAGAAGUACCGAGAGAGCCUCAACACGCAGCUCGAGUCUCUCAGGAGGGUGGUUCCGUCGCUACGGCAGAACGCGAGGAGUUGUGACGGCGCCGACAUCGAGGAUCUCCCGACGCCGUCGAAGCCAAGCAAAGCGGUGGUGCUGGCGAGCGCCACAUCCUACAUCAAGCAGAUGGAGCGAGAGCGACAACAGCUCAGAGAAGAGAACGAGAUGCUGAAAUCGAGGAUAAAGGCGCUGCAGACGCUGGCCAAGUGCCAGGACUGCUCGCUGAUGCAUUUUGUCAGAAACCUGAAGAUUGAUAACCCGAACUGA